GAUCCAUCCGGACCUCGCCGCCACGCCAGGCUAAGUCUAACGCGCGUUAUGUGAUAAGAAAUCGUUGCCUGUGUAACUUACAUUCUAUUGAGGUAAGUAAUCAUGAAGAGCGUUUACUGAAAUCCUACUGUUGUGCCUGCAUUGCUGUUUCUACAGACAGCAACCAUCAUUAUCCGGGUAUUCAAAGCAACUGAGUCAUUUGUACUAUAAUGCAGUUGCAGUUGUACGGCAGCAACAGCAAUGGUCUCUACAUUUCAUACAUAAUAGAAAUUCCCAUCUCCUACUAGGUUAACUUAACUUAAUUAAAGAUACUAGUUAAUAUCAAAUUCUUAUCCUAGCAACCCCUAUAGCAACCAUUCUAAACAGUUUUUUUGCUUUCUGUGCUUCUAACGAAGCGCUAUCAAGGUCCAGUGCGUUUUUUCUUUGACUGUGUGAUGUUUAAGCAGCAGAGGCCUCUUUCGGGGAGGUCGGCCGCAUCAGACCGGUUACAUUCAUCUUCUCUCAAGUUGACGCCUCCAAGAGGAAAGAGACAGUCGAAGUCUAGUUCAAGUUUGAGCUCCGAUCACGCAUCUACUAGCCUCGUCGAUCUGAUGUUGUCGGCAGUGAGAAACGGAGACGUCGUUGAGCUAGAGAAAUGUGUGAAACGAGGAUGUGAUAUGAACGCGUAUCUAUCAGUGCGGGAUGGCUUUACUGCAUUGCACCAAGCAUGUCAGAGUGGAUCAUUAGAGUGUGUGCAAUGGUUGGUGUGGCAUAAGGCGGAUAUGAUGGCGAGAAGCAAGAGAGGGUGGACUCCUUUACAUAUUGCUGCUAUUAGGGGACAGGACAAGUGUCUCCAGGCCUUGUUGGCAAGUAAUGCAGACAUCUCUGUCAAAGAUCCACGCGGAAGAUCAGCUGCCUAUUUGGCUGCAGCUCACGGCAACUCAUACACUCUCCAGUCUCUCCUGAGAGCAGGAGCAGAUCUCAAUGCGGCCGAUUAUCUCGGUUGGACUCCAGCCCAUGCUGCUGCAUAUCAUGGAAGAACGGGAGCUCUAAAGGCAUUACUGCAAUGGGGUGCUCAAUUGCAUGACGUCGACAGUUGUGGGAACACUGCGGCACAUCUUGCUGCAAGCGAGGGACAUCUCUAUUGUCUUCGGUUUAUCGUGUGUGCAGCACAAGGUAACGUUGUCAAAGUGAUUGGAGCAAAGAACGACGAGGGCGACUCUCCAUUGAACGUCAGUGAGCAUUUUCACAGAGGUGAUUGUGCAGAAUAUCUGAGAGCGAUUGGUAAGUAA